GGGGGCUGUUUCCCCUCUGGCAGAAAAGGCAUGAAGGAGGAAGGCUAGGAGAGUCUCUUUUUGGAAGCACUUUAUUCAAGAAUUCUGGAAAUGCGCUGUCUUCCACACCAUGCCGCGCCUGUCUCGGCUGAAGGCGUCCGCCCUGCUGCUGGCUUUGUUCCUCCCCUCGCCUCUGGCAACAGUGGAUGACCACAUGGGCCCCGCUGGGACUGGGGCUGUGACUCCAGACGGCGGCAACCAGAGCGCCAAGUGCCAGGAGAUCACGGAGUGCCAGGAAGGCGUGAUCUUGCCAGUGUGGCUCCCCCAGAACCCUUCUGUGGGUGAUAAAGUGGCACGGGCCAUUGUGUAUUUUGUGGCCUUGAUCUAUAUGUUCCUGGGCAUGUCCAUCAUUGCCGACCGCUUCAUGGCCUCCAUUGAGGUCAUCACCUCGCAGGAGAAGGAGAUCACCAUCAAGAAGCCCAACGGAGAGACCACCACCACCACCAUCCGCAUCUGGAACGAGACUGUCUCCAACUUGACCCUGAUGGCGCUGGGAUCCUCAGCACCUGAGAUCCUCCUCUCCAUCAUUGAGAUCGUUGGCCAUGGGUUCAACGCAGGAGACAUGGGGCCCAGCACCAUUGUUGGCAGUGCCGCCUUCAACAUGUUCAUCAUUAUUGCCGUUUGUGUCCACGUGGUCCCAGAGGGAGAGGUACGGCGCAUCAAGCACUUGCGGGUGUUUUUUGUCACUGCCGCAUGGAGCAUCUUUGCCUACAUUUGGCUGUACCUCAUCCUCGCCUGGUUCUCUCCAGGCGUGGUAGAAUUGUGGGAAGGUCUCCUCACCUUUCUCUUCUUCCCGCUCUGCGUGGUCCAGGCUUGGGUGGCGGACCGGAGGCUCCUCUUUUACAAGUACGUCCAAAAGAAGUACCGUGCCGACAAGGCCCGAGGCCUCAUUAUCGAGACGGAAGGCGACACUGGCUAUCCAAAACUGGACAUGGAGAUGGAUAACUCACUAAAGGAAGGAUCCGAAGGCCUUGUGGAUGGUGGAAAGGACCAAGAUGAUGAGGCCCGCCAUGAGAUGGCACGCACUCUGAGGGACCUCAAGCAAAAACAUCCAGAGAAGGACAUGGAGCAGCUAAUUGAAAUGGCCAACUACCAAGUGCUGGUCCAACAGCAGAAGAGCCGGGCCUUCUACCGCAUUCAGGCCACUCGAAUGAUGAUCGGGGCGGGGAACAUCCUCAAGAAACAUGCAGCCGACCAGGCCCGCAAAGCCAUCAGCAUGCAAGAAGUACACACAGAAGAGGACGACUCAGUGAUCAAAGUGGGCUUUGAGCCAGCACAUUAUCAGUGCUUUGAGAACUGUGGCUCAGUGGUGCUGACUGUGGCCCGGAGAGGAGGGGACACGGCCCGUGUCACGGUGAGAGUGGACUUUCGCACGGAGGAUGGAACGGCCAAUGCAGGUUCGGACUAUGAGUUUGCAGAGGGCACUCUGCUCUUCAAGCCUGGCGAGACCCACAAGGAGGUGAGGGUUGGAAUAAUUGAUGAUGACAUUUUUGAAGAGGAUGAGUACUUCUACGUCCACCUCAGCAAUGUGCGAGCCACCUGGGCUGAGCCGAGUCCUGAACCUCACCCCAAAGCCUGCCUGGGGCCUUCCAAGAAGGCAACCGUCACAAUCUUCGACGAUGACCAUGCCGGCAUCUUUACUUUUGAUGGGGCCUCUAUGCGGGUGAGCGAGAGUGUGGGUACCGUGCGCAUCAAAGUGUUGAGGACCUCGGGGGCUCGUGGGCGAGUGGCCAUCCCCUUCCACACCAUCGAGGGCACUGCAAAGGCCGGAGAGGACUACGAGGAGGUGGCUGGCAAAGUGGAGUUCCAGAAUGACGAGACCAUGAAAUACAUUGAAAUUAAAAUUAUCGAUGAUGAGGAAUACGAGAAAAACAAGAACUUCCACCUGGAACUGGGACUACCAGAGCUGCUGGACACAGGCCCACGGCACGGCGACACCAAUGAAAACCGGAUUCCUGAAGGAGAAGCAGAAAUCAUAGCGAAAAUGGGCUGCCCCAGCCUAGGAGAGCACCCCAAACUCGAAGUCAUCAUUGAAGAAUCUUACGAGUUCAAGAGCACUGUGGAUAAAUUAAUCAAGAAAACCAACCUGGCACUUGUGGUUGGCAGCAGCAGUUGGAGGGAGCAGUUUGUCAGUGCCGUCACUGUCAGCGCUGGUGAUGACGAGGACGACGAUUCUGGCGAAGAGCGCCUCCCGUCAUGCUUCGAUUACAUCAUGCACUUCCUGACGGUGUUCUGGAAAGUGCUCUUUGCGUUCGUGCCGCCGACCGAGUACUGGUGCGGCUGGGCCUGCUUCUUCGUCUCCAUCUGUCUCAUCGGGGUGCUCACAGCCCUCACCGGAGACCUGGCCGCCCACUUCGGCUGCACCAUCGGCCUCAAGGACUCCGUCACGGCAGUGGUUUUCGUGGCCCUGGGCACCUCCGUGCCCGACACCUUCGCCAGCAAAGUCGCGGCCAUCCAAGACCAGUACGCUGACGCCUCCAUCGGCAACGUGACGGGCAGCAAUGCGGUCAACGUCUUCCUCGGGAUCGGCGUGGCUUGGACCAUUGCAGCUGGGUACUGGGCCAGCCAGGGCCAGCCGUUCCGGGUGCAGCCGGGCACGCUGGCCUUCUCGGUCACACUGUUUACCAUCUUUGCCUUCAUCAGCAUCGCCGUGCUGCUCUACCGGCGCCGGGCACCCGUCAGCGGAGAACUGGGCGGCCCGCGAACCCCUAAAGCCCUCACCACUCUGCUCUUCCUUUGCCUGUGGCUGAUCUACAUCCUCCUGGCAGCUCUGGAGGCCUACUGCCACAUUAAGGGCUUCUAAGGGACGAGCCCGGACGGGGGAGAUGCACUUGCGGGUUUGGUGCAAGGGUGAGCCCUGCCCAGAUCUUGGGAGACUGAGCCCUGGAUGACUUGAAAGGAGACCCCCUCACACACACACGCACCCAUGCUGGGCCACAGCCCUGCUUUCCCUGCCCGGUGUGGGACACCUCCUGCUGCUGGUAGAGACAGGCCUUUCCUAGAAUUGGCAGUGAUGGGAACGGAGUCCUUUUCCGCAGGAGCAGGUCAAGCCCUGGCCAGCUCGUGCUGCGUCUCAGUUCUGUGUCCAGCGGAUGGACGAGUCUUCUGUUGCCUCCAGCACUGGCCAGGGAGAGACCUCUGCGUCUGGACCUCUUUCUAGCCCGAAGGCCGGGACCCUGGACAACGUUCACGGGGCUCGGCCAGGCCAGGAUUGUAAGGCUAAGGUCAGGUUAGCCUUACCUCUCCUGCUCCUGGCCAACAAAUGCAUCAAAAGGAGGGAGGCACAGAGGGGGGAAACAAGAAAAAGGGGUGGGAGAAGGGUACCAAACUCCCACUGGGUCCUGUUCCAAGCACAUUCCAUUCCCUCUCCAAAUAUCUGUGUUCUUACAACAGACCAGAACAGCACAAGAAUCUCAAACAGCAAAAAACAAACAAGAGAGAAUCGCUGCUCGUCUUCCUACCCCAUCCCCACAACCUUCGCAACACAGUUCCCAGAUCCCCCUGCUUCCCCAAAUCCGUUCAUAUCCUUUUUUUUCCUGUACAGAACUGAUUUCUAUUGAGUUAGAGUUAUUUAACUGAAACGAAAAACACAACUUAUUUUUGUUUAACAAAAAGGAAGGAUACCCCGCCACAAAGCUCUGACACAUCUGUCCCUUCCCUUAAUGUGGGCUCCCUUUUAUUCCCCCCCCCAUUUGUCAUAGCUGCAGUAAGCGGUCCCACCCCCACCCUGAAGAGGGGAAAACAUCCGUGCAUUUCAUGCCCUCGGUUUGCAUGACAGUUUCUUAAGCCCCGUGUGUGUCUGUACGUCACACGGUGUUCAUUCUUGCACGUUUGUCUUUUGCCAGUUGCUCGUGGCUGCUGUCCGGUUCCCAGACUCGUCUCCUUCCCUUUAUGUCCAGGUGCCUGUGCUAUUUUCGAUUUGUGUUUUGUGUGUGUGUGUACACAAGUGUGUGUAUUUUUUUAAAAAAAUUUAAAACUUGC